AUGGAGAGUGACUUCGGGAGAUAUAUUUCUUCCUCCUUGUUCACCUUCGUAAUUGGUGACGAGAAGAAGGAAAUGACCGUCCAUUCUGCUGCAUUUGCAGGGCUUUCCCAAAGUCUGAAUGUACUUAUAAACGGUGACAUGGCCGAAGCAAAAACAAGCCGCGUUGACUGGCCAGAGGUUGACGUUGACACAUUCGCUCGGUUAUGUGAAUUUGCCUAUUGCCGAAACUACACGCCCCCAUCAUUUUGUCUGAUAGACGGAAACCCUCCUCACUCAAAUGCGGAGCAGCAUGAGUACCAAACUCGCCCACUCAAGAACAAUCAUCGUGAAACCCCACAUAAGCUAGGAAGCGCAUGGACUAAGCAGUUGAAAAACGCAUUUGCCGAGAGCCUCGUCGUGCCCAGCCUGCAAAGUUUUGACUCGGACCUUACUUUCACACCAUCUCAAAAUAACAGGCCUUGCGAAGACUUCACACCUGUAUUUCUCGAACAAACCAAACUCUAUGUCAUUGCCGACAUGUAUGGCAUAGAACGGUUGCGCGAGACGGUCCUUUUCAAGUUGUAUCAAACGCUGAGGAACUUCAAACUAUAUGAAACGGGAGUGAGUAGUAUUGUUGGGUUUCUUCGAUUCGUCUACUUGAACACACCACCAAAUUACAACGGUAAGCUCGACGCCCUGAGGAACUUGGCGACACGUUAUAUUGUUUCUAUUGUUGGACAAAUCGGUAAAAAUGAAUGUUUCCAGGAGCUUUUGGAAGAAGGGGGUCCUUUCGUCUCUGAUUUCUGGAAUAUCAUUUGGAGUGUUUCGUGA